CACUAUAGUUUUGUUCAUGUGUCUGUAGAAACCCUGUGAAAGCAGCAGCCUGUAUUUGUCAAUUUUAAAUAAAUUGAUCUUUUGAUUUUAUUAACCCACCACCAAAUGCCGUCUAGCACAAAAGAACAUCAAACGACUGUUUACAAAACAUACAACAACCAGACAAAACACACCUGAUGCGACCCUCUUUCAUGUCAUAUUUGCGAACUUUUGACCUGAAUUUUACAAAAAGUGGCCCGUGGGAAAAAGAGACGGGAGGGAGAACGAGUGGGCGGAGUCUCAUCGAACCUGUAGCACACCUGGACAGUUUCAUCCUUACUCAUGUGAAGUGCAGAACAGAGUGCUGGACCUGACCUGGAUCAUCCAUAUCAAGUGGACUUACCAGCUGCCACAAUGGAUAGCGAUCAGUCGGACUCCACAGUGUCCACCACCGGGAAUAAAACUAAAAGCCACGCGUGCAAGUGCACCACAGAGGACAGACCGGCUGGAGCUGAAGCCCACGAGAAGCCACCUUAUUCAUACGUGGCCCUUAUUGCAAUGGCCAUCAAAGAAAGCGAGGACAAGAGGCUGACCCUUAAUGAUAUCUACAGCUUUAUCGUUUCCAAGUUUCCAUAUUACGAGAAGAACAAAAAGGGUUGGCAGAACAGCAUCAGACACAACCUGAGCCUGAACGAGUGUUUCGUGAAAGUGCCCCGGGAGAGCGGCGGGGAGAGAAAGGGCAACUUCUGGACCCUGGAUCCUGCAUUUGAAGACAUGUUUGAGCAUGGAAACUACAGGCGCAGGAGGCGCGUCAAGAGACCCUACCGAUCGCCCGCUUUACCCUAUUUACCGGGCGCGUCUGGAUUUCAUCUCACCGACUCUUACUGCCUGCAGCAGGAGCCCGUUUACUGGCAGACCCCGUUCAGCAGCCCCACCUGGAGUCAGCACCAGUCCGGUUCUUCAACGCAGCUUUCCAACUUCCAGCCCAUGCUCGGUCGUACCACCGGCAUCCGGGUGCUCUGGUGCCUUUGAGCGCGCGCACGUACACCGGAAUGACCCCUCCGGUGAGUCCGGGCGCGAGCUCCGUCUCCACGUGCGGCUUUCCGCAGCAUCACAGCAGGCAUCCUGAAGUCGUGCAUCAUCCGUUUGACUGAUGGACACAUGUGGGAUCUUUAUUUGUUCAGUUCACGAUGUUUUUCAUGUUGAUACCUGGAAAUGUUAAGUCCGUUCUUAUAUUGUUUUGAAAUUAAUACAUUAAACGUAAUGUGCACAAAUGAAUGAAAUCGAUGUCAUUGUAAAGUUAAAAUUGAUUUAAGAAAAAAAAAACAUUUUAUUUUGUGGUAAAUUUGGCAUUAUGGGUUAAUUCGUGAUUGUUACAUUAUAAGAAAGUGACAAAAAUUCUUAAAUAAUUGGAACAAAAAUCUGAAGAGCAUUUGAUUGAAACCGAAAGACUUUUAUUUCAUAAAAUUUCUGCAAAUGUCUAAAGGAAGCAUCAAGCUAAUGAAGCAUAUUUAUUUGUUUAUCUUGUGUUGAAAUCUUUUGGAACUACGAUUUGCAUAGCAAUUUUACUGUAAAAAUAUUUUGUUUAGGACAGUUCUUGUUUAAAAACUCUGGUUUACAAGAAUAUUUUAUACAUUCGAGUGUGUAUUUUCUUUAAAGAUGUUUUUAUAUAUUGAAUAGAGGUUUAUUGUCUGUAUUCGUGGAGUUUAAAAAUAUUUUUAUAUGCAAAUGUUCGUAAUUUGUUCGAUUUUUCUCUUAUAAAAUUUU